GUGGGACGUCCUGCUGCCCGCAGCUCAAUGCAAGCUAUGGACAUUGAGCAGGUCAACUCCAUGGACUUUGGAGAAUUCGUGGAUGUGUUUGGGAACGUCAUUGAGCGAUGUCCUCUGAUUGCAGCUGCUGUUUGGUCCCAGCGGCCAUUCUCAGACGUGGAAGAUUUAGAGAAGCACUUUUUUGCCUUUAUUGACGCUCUGCCACAGUCAGGCCAGGAGGGCAUCUUGCGCUGCCACCCGGACCUGGCGGGCCGCGAGCUGCAGCGGGGCACGCUCACGGCCGAGUCGCAGCGGGAACAGAGCGGCGCGGGCCUGACGAGCCUGGGCGCGGAAGAGCGGCUCCAGCUGGCCGAGCUCAACGCGCAGUACCGCGCGCGCUUCGGCUUCCCCUUCGUGCUCGCCGCGCGCCUAAGCGGCCGGGCUGCGGUGCCGCGCGAGCUGGCGCGCCGGCUGCACUGCCCGCCGGCACAGGAGCUGCGCACCGCCCUCGGCGAGGUGAAGAAGAUCGGCCGCCUGCGCCUCGCCGACCUCCUCGGCGCCGACCGCGCCAGGCCGUAGCUGCCACGCAGGCCGGGGAGCCGGGACGAACGGCGGGACGAGCGCCGGCCCGGGCCUGGAGCUGUGCGUCCUGGGCGGGAGGCUGACUCAGGCCUGGAGCCAGCGUCCACACACGCGCACGAAGGAAGUGGAGAAUUGAGGCAAUCAUACGAGUAAUGAGCCCUUUUGUCCACUCGCCCACACGCGCACGCGUUGCCGAAAUAUCUGUAUCGUUUAGUGCUUUGCCCCGAUUAAUCCAGCUCACUGCUUCAAUUCUUCACUCCCUUUGCUGCCUGUUGACACCACCAGCCUUUGUGGAUUUCAAAGCGCUUAUGCAGCUCUUGUUGCCUCCCCACCUUCUCCUGCUAAGCCUGAGCUGCAAAGCAAAAUGGACGGAAAAGGAAUCAUUUAU